AGAGAGAGAGAGAGAGAGAGAGAGAGAGAGAGAGUGAGAGAGAGAGGCUAAAGGCUCCUCUUAUAUCUGGUGGGGUUUUGCCUCUGGGUUUGAAGAAACAAACAAGAACACAAAAGCUCUUGCAACAGCCUAACCAACCAACCGACAGACAUCGGAAGCAGAUCAUUUUAUGACUUUCCAGGUUAACUGAAUUGUUAUACCGAGGUACAGUGUCCUAUGUGGAGAUUUCUUCACCCCAGAACGGCUGUGUAUUUCAGCGGAACAGAUAACGAAGAAGACGGAUUACAAUGUUGAGAAUUUUGGAUGCUUUUGUCACUUUUGUGACUCUCUCCUGCCUGAUGGAAGGGGUGUUCGGUGGAUACGGGAUGAGCAUGUUCGCCGCGCAAACGUCUCCUCCAGACCCAUGUUACGACGAGAACGGUAACCCGAGAAGAUGCAUCCCCGAUUUUGUGAACUCGGCGUUCGGGAAGGAGGUGCGCGUAUCCAGCACCUGUGGCAAGCCCGCCAGUCGGUACUGUGUGGUGACUGAAAAAGGUGACGAAAGAAACAGGAAUUGCCACAUUUGCGACGCAUCAGACCCCAAGAAACACCAUCCACCAGCCUAUCUAACGGACCUUAACAACCCUCACAAUCUCACUUGUUGGCAAUCUGAAAAUUAUAUCCAGUACCCACAGAACGUCACGCUAACCUUGUCAUUGAGUAAAAAAUUUGAAGUGACUUAUGUGAGCUUGCAAUUCUGCUCGCCAAGACCUGAAUCCAUGGGUAUCUUCAAGUCAAUGGACUACGGCAAAUCUUGGGUCCCGUUCCAGUUCUACUCAACGCAGUGUCGGAAGAUGUACAAUAAGCCGAAUAAAGCUACUAUCACCAAACAGAACGAGCAAGAGGCCAUUUGCACUGAUUCCCACACGGACAUGCACCCACUCUCUGGCGGUCUUAUCGCGUUCAGCACCUUAGAUGGACGUCCGUCGGCGCACGACUUUGACAACUCUCCGGUGCUGCAAGACUGGGUGACAGCAACCGAUAUUAAGGUGACGUUCAGCCGACUGCAUACUUUUGGUGAUGAAAAUGAGGACGACUCGGAGCUUGCACGGGACUCUUAUUUCUACGCGGUAUCAGACCUUCAAGUCGGUGGACGCUGCAAAUGUAACGGUCAUGCUUCCCGGUGCGUAAAAGACAGGGAUGGGAAUUUGGUUUGCGAAUGCAAACACAACACCGCUGGACCAGAAUGUGACAGAUGUAAACCGUUUCACUACGACAGACCAUGGCAACGAGCUACAGCUAGAGAGGCAAAUGAAUGUGUUGCGUGUAACUGCAACCUGCACGCGCGACGCUGCCGCUUCAACAUGGAGCUGUAUAAGCUGUCGGGCCGGAAGAGUGGCGGCGUGUGCCUCAACUGCAGACACAACACGGCUGGCCGCCACUGCCACUACUGCAAGGAGGGCUACUACAGGGACAUGUCCAAGCCCAUCUCGCACAGGAAGGCCUGCAAAGCAUGCGAUUGCCAUCCCGUGGGUGCUGCGGGCAAAACCUGUAACCAAACCACAGGCCAAUGUCCCUGUAAAGAUGGCGUGACGGGUAUCACGUGCAACCGUUGUGCUAAAGGCUACCAGCAGAGCCGCUCACCCAUUGCCCCAUGCAUAAAGAUUCCGAUAGCGCCACCAACAACUACUGCAAGCAGUACAGAGGAACCAGCAGAUUGCGACUCCUACUGCAAAGCAUCAAAAGGCAAGCUGAAGAUCAACAUGAAGAAAUACUGCAAGAAAGAUUAUGCCGUCCAGGUUCACAUCCUGAAGGCGGACAAGGCGGGCGAAUGGUGGAAGUUCACCGUCAACAUCAUCUCCGUCUACAAGCAGGGCGAGAGCCGAAUCCGACGCGGGGACCAGUUCCUGUGGGUGCGCGCCAAGGACGUGGCCUGCAAAUGCCCCAAGAUCAAGCCCGGCAAGAAGUACCUGCUGCUGGGCAAUGACGAGGACUCGCCGGGCCAGAGCGGGGUGGUGGCGGACAAGGGCAGCCUGGUCAUCCAGUGGAGGGACACGUGGGCCCGGAGGCUCAGGAAGUUCCAGCAGCGGGAGAAGAAAGGCAAGUGCAAGAAGGCCUAGGGGACGCGGAGAAGACAAGCGGGUCGACGAGGGGGGACAACUCAGAGCUGGACGGAGGGAUUAAGGAAGAGGAGAGACGGAGAGACAGAGAGACGGACAGAGAGAGAGAGAGAGAGAGAGAGAAGGAGAGAGGGAGAGAAGGAGAGAAGGAGAGAGGGAUUGACCGUUGCUGCUUUGAGUGGAGGCAUGAAGAGAUUAUUAGGAUGAUAUUUGAAAUAGGAACUUUUUUUUGUGAAGGAGCUCACCUUGUAUUUUCUUGUCAUAUUGUUUAUCAUUUUCUUCAAGAUUGCAUUCUGUCAUGUGGAUUUUGCUGAGUUUGCACCUACAGUAUACUUACCCAAACCCAUUUAGUACCCAGUGGAGUUUGCACCUACAGUAUACUUACCCAAACCCAUUUAGUACCCAGUGGAGUUUGCACCUACAGUAUACUUACCCAAACCCAUUUAGUAGGCUACCCAGUGGAGUUUUCUCUCAGCUUCAAUAUGUCUUGAAUCAAUGUCAUUGAAACAUUUUCCCACUGCUAAUGAAACACAAAGCAAGCCAUUGCAACAAACUCUUUCACCAACUGGCCAGUAAGUGA